AUGAAUUUUUCGGACAACGAAGCUGAUGACACAUCGAGCGUUGAAAGCACUUCUAAUACAGACAAUACGUCUCGUAGUGAAACCCCUACAAACUCACGUGUGAAGAAACGUCGACGCGGCAAGAAAAAGGUUACAAAACAAGUCAAACCACCCUAUAAAUUCAAUUGCAGUGCCAAAGAGGACCAUGGCCAACCAUUAUUUGGAUGUCAGUUCAACCACCAUCUUGGAGAGGGAGAGCCUCUGAUUUUCGCAGUUGUGGGGAGUAACCGUGUAUCCAUAUAUGAGUGCCCAGAAUCAGGAGGAUUUAAAUUUCUACAAUGUUAUGCUGAUCCAGAUGUUAAUGAGACCUUUUACACCUGUGCCUGGUCAUAUGAAGAAGAAACCAACCUGCCCCUGUUAGCAGUUGCGGGCUCAAGAGGCAUUGUUCGUAUUUUUCAUCCAGCAACACACACUUGUAUCAAGCACUACAUUGGCCAUGGACAUGCUAUCAAUGAAGUCAAGUUCCAUCCUCGAGACCCAAACCUUUUGUUGUCAGCUAGCAAAGAUCAUGCCCUACGACUUUGGAACAUAAUGACUGAUGUCUGCAUUGCAAUAUUUGGUGGUGUAGAGGGUCAUAGAGAUGAGGUUCUUAGUGCAGAUUUUGAUCUUAAAGGCGAGAGGAUAAUGUCCUGUGGGAUGGACCACUCCUUAAAGCUGUGGAGGCUAGAUAAGCCUUCUAUGAAUGAAGCCAUAAAACAAAGUUAUAACUUUAAUCCACAUAGAGCUCUGAGACCUUUUAAUUCACUAAAGGAACAUUUCCCUGACUUUUCAACACGUGAUAUACAUAGGAACUAUGUUGAUUGUGUGAGAUGGAUGGGUGAUCUAAUUUUAUCUAAGUCUUGUGAGAAUGCGAUUAUCUGCUGGAAGCCAGGGCGGCUAGAGGAUACAGAGUUGCGGCCCGGUGAUAAUGCAGUCACCAUUGUCCACCGCUUCGAUUACAAAGAAUGUGAAAUCUGGUUCAUACGCUUCGCCGUCGACUACAGCCAGCGGGUAAUAGCGUUGGGCAACCAGUGUGGCAAGACGAUGGUGUGGGAGCUGGGCAACGUGGCCGGAGGGUCACGCGUCUCCCAGCUCGUGCACCCUCGCUGUGUGGCGGCCGUGCGCCAGGUAACUUUGUCGCGUAACGGCAAGGUGCUGCUCACUUGUUGCGACGACGGCACCAUCUGGCGGUGGGACCGCGUCAGCAACGGGAUCAAUUAG